AUGAAGGCCGUCCUCGCCGGCUUGGCCGCCCUCCCCCUCGUAGCAUGUCGGCUCAACGUCGACUCACACGCUCUUCAUCUCCUCGGACCACAGGGUGUCAAUCUAUGGAAGCUGAACGCGCUCGCGACCACGGAUGCACGUACCGCGCGUCAUCCCCACGCGCUCGUCGUCCAGCAGCCGCUGCAGUCUCUUGAUGAGCCAUCGGAGUUUCCAGCCCAUUGGUUUACACAGCCUUUAGACCACUUUUCCAAGACGCCUCAUACUUUUAACCAGCGAUACUGGAUCAAUACGCGUCAUUACAAGCCUGGAUCAAAUGCGCCUGUCAUAGUUCUUGAUGGAGGAGAGACAUCCGGCGAAGAUAGGAUCCCAUUUCUGGACACGGGUAUCGUGGAAAUUCUUGCAAAGGCCACGGGCGGGGUCGGUGUAGUACUGGAACACAGGUACUAUGGGGAAUCGGUACCUGUCGCGAACUUGACCACGGACUCUUUGCGAUGGCUCAACAAUGACCAAUCGGCCGCGGAUUCCGCCAACUUCAUGGCCAAUGUAAAAUUUCCGGGAAUUCACGAAGAUCUCACGGCUCCCGGCACUCCUUGGAUCUACUACGGGGGCUCAUAUGCCGGAGCGCGCGCAGCGCACAUGAGAAUUCUGUAUCCGGAUCUUGUUUAUGGGGCGAUUGCAUCUAGUGGUGUGACUCACGCAGCCAUCGAGCAUUGGGAAUACAUGGACAUUAUUCGACGUGCUGCAGAUCCAGAGUGCUCAGCUAAUAUUCAGUCAGCGAUAGAGGCAAUUGACACUAUCCUGUCUAUUUCGCAACUACGAACACCGCUUAAGGGAUUAUUUGGUUUGGCCGGUCUGGAACAUGAUGAGGACUUUGCCUCAUUGCUCACGAGCCCAAUGAGCUCUUGGCAAUCGAAGAACUGGGAUAAAUCAAUCAGUGACACCGGAUUUGAGGAAUUCUGCGUUGCUUUGAACAAGUCUGUCGGCGGUGAAUACAUCAGCGCUCAGUCACCUGGAUUAAUCUAUGACGACAACACGAAAACCCUUGCCUUGCCAGGCGGUCUCAAGGUUCCCGUACUUGUAUACAAUUAUGCUCAAUACAUUAAAGAGAACGUUGUGUCCGAAUGUCCUGAAGAAAUUUCAGUUGAAGACUGCUUUGGAACUUAUGAUGAUGCUAAAUACCAAGGAACGUCUCUCGAUGAGACUUGGCGUCUCUGGUUAUUCCAAAUUUGCACUGAAUGGGGCUACUUUUUUACUGCUCCCCCAGAAAAUCACCCACGAAUUGUAUCUAACCGUUUGGUUCUUGGAUACGAGACGAAACUUUGCCAACAGGCCUUCGCUCCUGGAAAGCACUUCAUUGUUCCGCCUUUGCCGAAUAUCACCGCUGUUAAUUCCUUGGGUGAUUUCGCGAUUGCCGCGGACAGGCUCGCGAUUAUCGAUGGAGAAGUUGACCCCUGGAGGCCCGAUACACCUCACAGCGACUAUGCGCUUCCUCGUGAAGAUACCCUUUUGAGACCGUUUAAGCUGAUCCCUGGCGGUGUUCACCAUUAUGAUGAAUAUGGCCUCCGUGACAUGUCCGCUGAGCCACCCGAGAUCAAGAAGAUCCACGAGGAGAUGAUCGGAUUUGUCACAGAAUGGCUGAAGGAUUGGAAGGCCCCGAACGAAUCUGACCUCGCAUCUCGCAAGCUCUGA